UCAAGCCUUUGCUUCCUCCUGCACCUGAACAGCAGGAUAUGAAACAAAACUUUCAUCAGAUGACAUCAGAGGACAUUGCAAGGUUGUACGCCAGUGAUGCAGCACAGAAUAAUUUGUACGGCGGACGAAUGACAAACAACAGGCAACGGGAGGUGAAGUCUGUGAUCCAUGAUGCUAUGGUGAAGAUGCAUAAGUCUCUUGAAAGUAUGCCAGCAGAAGGGGACAUGGAGGAGCAACCUAAAUCUCUCGAAUCUUCCAUUACAUUAUUCCCACAUCAGCUGCAGGCAUUGGCUUGGUUAACUUGGAGAGAACACCAGAGUACACCUGGUGGAAUAUUGGCGGAUGAUAUGAGUCUAGGGAAAACCUUGACAAUGAUCUCUCUGAUCCUUAAGCACAAGGAGGUUGAAGAGGUGAAUGAGGAAAAGGAUAGUAGCUGGAAAACUAAGGGUAUGGGUAACCUAGUAAAGACGAGAACAACACUUAUAGUGUGCCCGGCCUCACUCAUGGGACAGUGGGAGAACGAGAUCAAGAACAAGGUUAAAUCUGGUAUUCUCUGUGUUCUUGUUUAUCAUGGAGCUGGAGCAAGGAAAUCUAGUGCUAGAGAGAUGUCCCGCUAUGACGUCAUCAUAACAACUUAUGGGGUCAUCUUAUCCGAGGUCAAGGCAGAGCUAGGAGAUGCAUUCAAGGAACCCAAGAAGUUGGAAGCUAUGGUAGCUGCUGAUGAGAUGGAGGUUAAGAAGGGGAAAAUCCUCUCCCUGGCCUUUGAGAGGAUUAUAUUAGAUGAAGCGCACACCAUCAGGAACCCGAAGAGUCUUCAAUCUCAAGCUGUCUGCAAACUAAAGGCUGCAAGGAGGUGGUGUGUGACUGGAACACCAAUACAGAAUAAAGAACUGGACAUGUACUCCCUUAUUAGGUUCCUACGCUGCGCACCGUUUGACGAGUACAUGGUUUGGAAAAGAUGGGUUGAAAACAAAUCUGUUCAGUCUACAGAGAGGAUGAAUACUUUGAUCAAAUCCUUACUACUCAGGAGAACUAAGGAAGAGACUAGAAGACCAACCCAGCUAGGGAACCCAAGGCAAGGGUCAAGGUCGCCCACCCAAAUCAGUGAAUCAGCAAGUUGGGGGGCACAAGAGGAAGACCAGGAUCAGAAGAGUAAUUUGACUGGGAAGAGUCUGGUCAACCUGCCAGACAAGAAUAUGAUUUUACACGAGAUAACGCUGUCUGAACAGGAGAAGGAGGUCUAUUCAGAGGUUGAGAAGUUUGCUAAGGGAGCUAUGGCUAAGUUCCUGGAUCAGAAAGGGGAUGAGGAGGAGAGAAGGGAGAUGGGAUUAGGCGGAGGAGGAGGUGGGGCUAAAUACAGGCCUGUUGGAGGCGUAGAUGAGUUUGCUUUCCAACCCUUCGGAUCUAAAGGUUCAGAUGAUGGAAGUGUGAAAGCUCAUCAUCUGCUGACCCUUCUGCUGAGAAUGAGACAGAUCUGUUGCCAUCCAAACCUGAUCAAGGGUAUGCUGGACCAGGAAACUAGAGAGCAUGAGGGUAUAGAGGAUAAUGGAGAAGACCUGGAUCUUAUCUCUCAGCUAGAGUGCAUGAAUCUCACAAAGGACAGAGAAGAAGAUACGACCAAGAUCUUAGAGAUGUCUAACCCAGUGUUCAGUCCUGAUUGUGCUAGCAGUAAAAUAGAUACAGUAGUUACAGAACUCAAGAAGUUAAAGAUGAAAGCGGAUGAAGAAGGGAUUAUAGAGAAGGCUGUAGUGAUUUCUCAGUGGACUGCUAUGCUCGACAUUGUCAAGGUACACAUCAAGGAGCAGGGCCUGAAAUACACAGAAAUUACUGGCCAGGUUGCUAUCAGUUCUCGUGGAGAGAUAGUUGAAAGCUUUAACAAGGAUAAGUUUGGACCCCAGAUUAUGCUUCUAUCCCUAGCUGCUGGUGGAGUAGGAUUAAACCUGGUUGGGGCUAAUCAUCUAUUCCUCCUGGAUCCUCACUGGAACCCACAGUUGGAGAGCCAGGCCUGUGACAGGAUUUACAGGGUUGGGCAGAAGCGCGAGGUGAAGAUCCACAAGUUCAUGGUAAAGGACACCGUGGAGGUUCGUAUCCUCAAGCUUCAGGAGAACAAGCUCAAGCUGGCCGAGGAUAUGCUCAGCGGAGCUAAGAAGCGGGGAGCUAAUAAACUUACCCUUGAUGAUCUUAAGUCUUUGUUUAAUGUGGAAUAGUCGUUAAUUGUCAAAUAAUCGCCUUUUUUUGUAAAUUUUUUUAAGAAAUAUGCUCAGAUAUAUUAUAUUCCAAUUUAUCGGAAAACUUAUUUUCAAUUACGUCGCCAAAUCAUUUUUCUCAACUAAUUUGGCCAACGUUUUUUAUAUGUUAUAACAAGAAGAAAAUAAUUUUAUUUUUGUGAAUCCUGUUUUUUUAUUUUUUACGUAUCUAACUUUAGUUUGAAACUUGAUUGUGAUAUCAUAAAUAUUAUGUAUUUUUUUUACUUCUGAGAAAAAUAUCAUAAAUGCC